UCCAGGUCACCUGCCAAGUGUUUGUGUAGCUGGAGCAGAAAGGCAGUGUCUCUGCAUGCCUGUGCGUCCUCCCCAGCUUCUCAUGUAUUAGGCAGCUCUUAUCCACCUCCUUCCCACAGUGUACUCGGCGCUACUAAGGCAAGAACCUUCUGUCUACUGUUACCUGUAAAACUUUACCUGGAUGCUUUGUAAAAAAAACACCUGCUGGUUCCUGACAGCCCAUCAAGGUGAGGCUUAAGCUCACACCAGCACCUGUCUUAAGGGGACCCAUCAGCCUUUUGUCUACUGACCCGACUGUCUGCAUUGUUGUGGUAUGUAAACGUUUCAAUCAGCGGUGUGCCAUAGAAGAUCAUUGAAAAGUGAAAAAAGGAUUAAAAUGAGAGUGGACGGGAUGUUUUGGGAUGCAAAGAGCAAGAACAUUCCGUUUGUUGUGGGACUUAAUGGUAAAUCUUCCAGGACCAGUCUGAUCAAUGCAGAGUUAACAAAGAAAAACUUGUCAAGCUGAUUGUGACAUUUGACUACUAUUUGCUGCUCCCUCCCAGGAGACAGAGCUGUGCUUAGCGAUAAGCAGGACAUUGUGCAGAGCAGAAGGAAAGAGAGAGAAAGUGCAGCGUUCUGGAUCGGAGCUCAAGAGGGUAGACUGGCAGCACCUCCUUUUUGCUGGUGACUCUCAGCUCCAGACCACAACAGAAUGAGAAUGCCAGGGACCCUGCAAAUCACAACUUCAUCUCAUCAAACCAGUAGGACGUCUCAUCAGAGACAGCACAGCUGCUGAACACUUCGAUCACAAGCAAAUACUCCCAGGUUCACCGACAUGACUGCAAUUCGUGGUGUUUUUUGUUAUUUUAAUGAAUUUGAAUAGACUAGUUAAGAAUCAGAGCAGUUAGAUUCCAGGAGACAAGGAAACUGAGCUGGAUGAGGCACAUGAACAAGAUGCACUUCUUCAGGACCUACUCUUAUGAGAUCCAGGUGGAACAAAGAUCUGAGGACCUCCCCAGCAGCAUCCAAGGGAUCAGAUGGAGCCCGCUUCCUGAUAUUGAAUCUCAGGAAGAAUACAGCCAAACUGUGAAACAGGUUGUUUCGCUAAAAGUUUGGAGAGCAGCAAAGGUUUUGCGUUCUUGUCUGCUUAGCAUGUCACCAACCUUGAUGCGUGAUCGAAAACACCACUUCCGCAGUCACAGGCAGUGCUGUUCAGGAAAAGAACUAGUGGACUGGCUAAUUGGCAUAAGCUCUGGCCCUCAGUCACGAAGUCAGGCUGUGGGAAUAUGGCAGGUGUUGGUAGAUGAAGGUGCCUUGGUGCAUGUGAAGCAAGAACCAAAUUUUCAAGACAAGGAUUCACAGUUUUAUCGCUUCAAGGUAGAGCAUUUUCUGGAUUUAGCUCUAAGUGAGAGAGAUACGGAUGAUGAAUUGCAAGAGUCACUGGUGUUCCUGGCACAGCUCGGACCAGCAGCCCUACUAACUAUGAUCCUUCGUAAGCCUCCAUGUCAACGCACUGAAGAGGAGUUGGAGGUGAUAUUUGAAGAAUUACUACACAUUAAAGCAGUGGCCCAUCUUUCCAAUUCAGUGAAGAAGGAGCUGGCAUCUGUGUUGCUGUUUGAACCUCAUGCAAAAGCAGGAACAGUGUUGUUUAGUCAAGGCGAUAAAGGAACGUCCUGGUACAUCAUCUGGAAAGGCUCAGUUAAUGUAGUAACACAUGGAAAGGGCCUGGUGGCAACACUCCAUGAAGGAGACGAUUUCGGACAGUUGGCUCUUGUGAACGAUGCCCCUAGAGCUGCGACGAUCAUCCUGCGUGAGGAUAACUGUCACUUCCUGCGUGUAGACAAGCAUGACUUCAAUCGAAUCCUUCGGGAUGUAGAGGCAAACACAGUGCGUCUCAAGGAACAUGGCAAGGUGGUAUUGGUUCUGGAAAAAAUCCCUCAGGUUUCUGGGAACAAUCAUCAAGCAACAUUACACGGCAACCACAAAUACACAGUAGUCUCUGGGACAGCCGAUAAGAUUCUAGAACACCUGCUGGAAACAAUGAGAUUGAACUCAAACCUCAAUAACCCUGAAGAUUCCUUUGCGCUGGAAUUCCUCCUGACACACAGCAUUUUCAUGCCAACGACUCAGCUCUGCCAAGCUUUACUUCAUCAGUUUCACGCGGAGCCAUCCGACGGAAAUGAGCCUGAAAAGGCAACUUACUCCCUUCACAAGAGACAGAACAUCCUACAAUUGGUUAGCUUAUGGGUGUCUCUGUAUGGGAGACUACUACAAGCUGAGCCAAGUGCUAAGAAUCUACUGGAGAAACUUUCUGAAUAUGUUAGCAGAGAUCCACGUCUUUUGGGCUUUUUAAAGGAAAACCUGCAGGAGCGACGGAGAACCAGAAUAAUGGAUAAUACUGGUGGCUGUACACCUCCCCAGAUAAAGAAUCACAACUAUUCAAACAUGUUUUCCGGCAUAGAGGAGGAUCAACCUGGCAACUCGUACACCAUUCAAGCACAAGACAAAGUACCUUAUGAUAUAUAUAGACCAGACCACUCUUGUGUUACCACCAUGCUUCCAGUAAAUGCCUCUGUCCAAGAAGUGAUAUCGUCUUUCAUAACAAAGAAUGGAUGCCACAGAGAUCAAAUCUUAGUCAAAGUAAACUCAAGUGGAGAACAAGUAUGUCUAAAAAAUGAGGACAUUGGUGUCUUCACGUCUUUGGGGGUCAAUGAAAGACUUUUCAUCUGCAGUGCGCAAGAAUUGACCACUUUGAAUCCACUCCCUGAGCAAAUGGGGCCAAACGCAAGCAGUUAUGACAUACUGGAUGUUAUCGGCUCAAAAGACCUUGCACACCAAAUGACUGAAAAUGAUUGGAACUUGUUCAGGAGCAUUCACCAGGUGGAACUUCUGUAUCAUAUAUUUGGGAAGCAGAGGUUUCGUAACUCAACUACAGCCAACCUGGAAAGAUUCAUGAAGCGCUUUAAUGAAGUGCAAUUUUGGGUGGUUACUGAGGUGUGUCUAUGCCAGGAUGAUGAACGCAGGGCCCAUCUGCUGAGAAAGUUUAUCAAGCUGGCAGCCCACCUCAAAGAACUGAAGAAUUUGAAUUGUUUCUUUGCGGUGAUGUUUGGACUCAGUAAUACAGCUGUGAGCCGCUUGUCCAGGACCUGGCAGAGACUGCCAAGCAAAACUAGGAAGCUGUAUUCCAUAUUUGAGAGACUCAUGGAUCCUUCAUGGAAUCACAGAUCCUACAGACUAGCUGUAGCAAAGCUUAGUCCUCCCCUCAUUCCAUUCCUUCCCCUCAUUCUUAAAGACUUGACCUUCCUGCAUGAGGGUAAUAGAAGCACGCUGGAUAACCUUGUGAACUUUGAAAAAAUGCGCAUGAUUGCAAGGAUUAUACAAACAUUUCAUGGCUGCCGCAGCCAGGCUUACAUUCCAAUGUCACCUUUACGCUCACGUCCUCUUCACAUUCUGGAUGAACCCAGUGCUGCAAGGAUAUCAGCUUCCUCAGAACACUCUUUGUCUCCAAGGAGUCCAGUUACAACAUGGGCUUAUAUCCAGCACAUGAAAGUGAUUGAUAACCAGAAGAGACUUAUGGAGUUAUCUCGCAGCCUGGAGCCAUCGUGAUAUAAUAUUCUUGAAGUUUCUAAUUCACAGAGAUGUUAAAGGAA